AUGGCCCUGCGUCGCUUCAACCAGGGUGGCAAGAAGCAGAAAGAAUUGUCGGAAGAGCAAAAGCAGGAGAUCAAGGAGGCGUUCGAUCUGUUUGACACGGACGGUUCUGGUGAGAUUGAUUCCAAGGAGCUCAAGGACGAGAUCCUGAAGGCCUUCAGGCUCUUCGACGACGACGAGACCGGAAAAAUCUCGUUCAAGAACCUGAAGCGCGUGGCGAAGGAGCUGGGGGAGAGGAUGACUGACGAGGAGCUGCAGGAGAUGAUCGACGAGGCUGACAGGGAUGGCGACGGUGAGGUGAACGAGGAGGAGUUCCUCCGCAUCAUGAAGAAGACCAACCUGUUCUGA